UUAAAUUAUGAUUAUUCAGAACCAUUCUGGAGGAGGGUCACAGGAUCCAAAACUCUGCUUUCUGUCCACAGAUGCUUCCAGGCCUCAUGCGUUUUUCCAGUGAUAUGUGAUUUUGUUUCACUCCGCCCUACUUCAUAUAAUCCUGGCUUCCUGAUUGUCUUGUAUUAUGAGCUGUGUUCCCUGUAUUGUUUUUUGUUUGGAGUGUCUUGGUUAUGCCCUUUCCUUGCCUUGCAGCUGAAAAUUUGUUCAAAAGCAGGAAGGAUUCUUAACCCCACUCAACCAAAGCCAUUUUAAAAGACCAUCUAUCACCUUCAAGAGAAUUGGUGCACUGUGAAGGGAAAUACUUGUCUGGCAGCACUGGACCUCGUGCCUGUUGAGCAUAACAAUGGUGUCAGCACCAGGAUUACCAGAGACCCCAGCAGCGAUGAGUUUUAUAUUUUAUUUAUGAGCACAGGUUCUACUUCAUGCAAAUCUUUCAGCACAGACUCGGGAUGGCCAACGUGUUCGCAUAUCAGAGUUCUCAGAUUGACUGGUGUGAAGACAAUUUUCAAUUUUCAGAGAAAGUUGCUGAGUUUUACAACACGAUUAGCAGUGUAAGUUUCUUCAUAUCGUCUCCUAUAAUGAUGUAUCUAUUACAUCCGUAUGCUCAGAAAAGGUCCAGAGCUGUGUACCUCAUCUGGGUCAUGAUUAUGUUUGUAGGAUUUUUCUCAGCAUACUACCACAUGACUUUGAGCUACUUUGGACAGUUAUUAGAUGAAUUAUCCAUCCUGUGGGUGUUAGCAAUUGGUUACAUGCUGUGGUUUCCCAGAAGACACUUACCAAAGUUCAUCACAACCAGGAAGUCUUUUUCACGGAUUGUCUUCCUUGCUGCAUUGCUGAGCACAAUCCUCUCAUUUUAUAAACCAACAGUGAAUGCUUAUGCACUGAAUUGUGUUGCCUUGCACAUUAUUUAUGUGAUUUCACUUGAAUUGAAAAGAUGCACAGAUCAAAGAAUAAUUAACUUGGCCUUUGUGACUGUGGCUUGGUGGCUUGUCGCGAUUUCUUGCUGGCUAAGUGAUCGCUUACUCUGUGCCUUCUGGAGACAGAUAAAUUUUUACUACCUCCAUAGUUUCUGGCAUGUACUGAUUAAUAUCGCAGUUGUUCAUGGCACAACGUUGUUUUCAUAUUUUGAUGCAUUUUAUGAAAUUCCAGAGACCAACCCAGAAGUAAAAUAUUGGCCCGUAGACUCACAAUGGUUGGGUCUACCAUACCUUGCAAUAGAAGACAAGGAUCAUCUUCGAAAGUCCUGCUGAAGGGGUUAUGUAUUCUUAAAUUCUACCAGCCAUUUUAUCAAUCAGUGCCUACGAAUAAUAUUUUAGUGGUGCUAUUAUGGGAUCUUUUGAUCGUGGGCAUAAGGAACCUGAUCUGAAGUUAUAAAUUUGUCUUUUAUUUAUACAGUUCACAGUAUUGUUGGCCAUGCAUUAUAGGAAGAUUGGUUCCGUUUUUUUUUGUAAAUCUGGAGCAUUGAUUUCGAUUUUAGUUAUUUUGAAUUCAUGUUAUUUUAUUCUGAAUUCAGGUGAAGGCCAGAGAAUAUACUUUUAAAUAUUUUUGUGUCCUAUGUCAGUAUGAAGCACUGUUCAGUAAAAUAUGACAUUAUAAUCAGCAGGUUAAAGAAUGUAAUAUUCUAGUUUUUAAAACUAGCUAUCCUACUGGAAUAUCUGAAGAAUAAAUGACAGAUUAGUCUCAGUAAUAUUGGUAAUUUGUGAAGUAUGGACCAAAAUUGAUUUUGGGGACAAAACACUUUUAUUUCUAACUUGGGGAAAAUAUUUACAUUAAUUAUUGUUAGAUAUCUGUUAAUUACAUUACAGGUAUGUACACCCUUUGCCCUUCUGACAAAACAGAAUUUGUCAGUGUGAUCAUAUAUGUCAUUGCAAUGCAGGAAUAAUGAGCCACAAGUGUAGGUAUUGAUGCAAUUGUAUCCCUGAUGCACUUGUAUAGUACGAUCCUGUAAAGCAUAUAGAACAACAUUUAUCACUGUACCUCGGCACA